AAUCAUACAAAAUUGGACAAACCCUCUGUGACUUUGUACGACAGCAAGAGGUCGUACCCCCAAACAGUGCUCGGAAGGGAAGCUCCAUCAGCGAAGAUGGUACUUCCUCCUGCACCACGCAACCUCAAAGGAAUACCUCUGUUUCUAGCGAGGAGCAACCCGUGCAAGGAACUAAGUCGGGACACCGUUCGUUUAAUAAGUCUGCCUCCUCAAGGCAAAUUAAGAACCCGACUAUAAAACUAAAAGACACAAUAAAUAGUAGAAAAUCCCAUCGAAGGCAAGAGGCACAGGCACAGGCACUGGCACCAUCACCAUCACCGGCACUUUCUGCACAUACAAGCAACAACUUAUCUUCGUUGGAGGCAUCAACAUCAUCAUCACAUACUGAGCAAUCAUCACCUUCCUCUUGGCCACGGCUUCAUGCACCAGCUUCCAAGAGCAGAAACAAUCUUCUAGUGCGAUUUCUGCGACACUUUUCAAGUAAUAGCAGCACCACCACAACGAGCAAAACGGAGAAUAAUAUAAGCGAAAACGAACCGACCACACCUAACGAGAAUAUCAAUAAUAACGGCGAGCUGGAAAAAGCUCUGGUCACAGCUACAGCAGAGGUCGGAGGUCAACACAAUGAAGAGAAAAUGGAUGGGGGAAAAAGUGAAACCCCAGACAAGAAAAGCCACCAACCAAAGAAGGGCGGUGGCAUAGUGUCGAAAAGCAGCAGCAGGAGCAACCUGAGCAAGGAUAAAUCACCAAAAGUGGCAUCUGAAAUCAAAACUGGAAAAAUGGAGGCCCGAAAGUCCUCCUCUGACACGGUGAUAGAGCCAUCGGCGUUGAUAAAGCAACACUCUGCGCCCCAGUCGUCGACGCCAACGACUCUAACGGCCAACUUUGUGCAGAACAUGAGAUUUGUGCGUAAGAAUGUUGAACAAUCGACCAGAAAUGCCAAUCCGAUGCAGUUUGUGGAACUGGAAACGGAAUUUCCACGCGACUACGAUGACAACAUUGAGAUGCUGUCACGCGAGGCCGAACAUUUGGAGGAGCAAUUUCGAACGCCAACGCGAUCGAAUGCCCCAGAUGCGUCCGCUCACCAAGUGGCUGGUAUUAUUGAGAAUAUUAUUACCGAAGCGUCACGAAGUCUUGUUGUUGAAGAAAAGAAGACUGAAGACGAAGAUGUGCCAUCAAAAUCUACCAAUAAGCAGUCUGGUGGGGUGAAGCGUGUUGGCUUUCAGGUUGAGGAGAAAGACGAUGCCGCGACUAUUCACAAAGAGAAGAAGCCAAAGAGCAUUGACGAUGUGGGUGCCAAGGAGUCGUCGGACAACACCGAGGUAAGUUCUGAGGGCUCUGGUUUAACUGGAACCUCGGCGGACACAUCGGCAUCGCUUCUGCCCUCCACAGCGACGGUCUCGACCACAUCGUCCGGCACAUCGAUAACAAAGAGUAAAAGUGAUGAGGAUGAUGAUCCUGUGGCCAUGUCCCCAUGCGGACGCUUUUUCAAAUACGACAAAGAGGUCGGUCGUGGCUCAUUUAAGACCGUCUAUCGUGGCCUCGACACAUUGACUGGUGUGCCGGUGGCCUGGUGCGAAUUGCUGGAUAAGCAAGUGAAGAAAAGCGAACGCACCAGAUUCCGCGAGGAGGCGGACAUGUUGAAGAAGCUUCAGCAUCCAAACAUUGUACGAUUCUAUACAUAUUGGGAGUUUCCGAUCGGCCGUAAAAAGAAUAUUGUACUAGUCACAGAGCUGAUGUUGUCCGGGACCUUGAAAUCCUAUUUGAAGCGUUUCAAAAAGAUACACCCAAAGGUAUUGAAGUCAUGGUGUCGCCAGAUCCUGAAGGGACUCAACUUUCUGCAUACUCGUCAAUUUCCUAUAAUUCAUCGUGAUUUGAAAUGUGAUAAUAUAUUUAUAACCGGCACCACGGGUAGCGUUAAGAUCGGUGACUUGGGUCUGGCAACGCUUAAGAAUCGUUCACAUGCCAAAUCUGUGAUCGGCACACCCGAGUUUAUGGCCCCCGAAAUGUACGAAGAGCACUAUGAUGAGUCGGUGGAUGUCUACGCCUUUGGCAUGUGCAUGUUGGAGAUGGCAAUAUCGGAAUAUCCGUACAGCGAAUGCAAGGGACCGGCCCAGAUCUACAAGAAGGUCAUUUCCGGCAUAAAGCCAGCCGCUCUGGCCAAAGUGGAGGAUCCCAAUGUGAGGGACAUUAUCGAGCGGUGUAUUGAGCUGAAGAAGGAAGAUCGCCCCAGCUGCAAUGAGCUCCUGGAGUCGGAGUUUUUUGACGAGGACAUUGGUAUUCGUGUGGAGCCAACGGCCUCCGAACAGUUCCUCUCCGAUCCCAGCAUCUGCAUCAUUGAGUUCCGUCUGCGAUUCCUCGACCCAAAGAAACGCUCAUCCCGACACAAGGAGAACGGCAUUCAGUUUGAAUAUAAUAUAACGAGCGACGACUACGAGAAGAUUGCCCAGGAAAUGAUGAAGGAGAACAUUAUCUCAGAGGACGACUCACGCGCCGUUGCACGCCUUCUGAAGGUGCAGGUUGUGUCGCUACUCAAGGAAAGGGCCCAGCGUCAGACGCAAAUCAAGCUGCAGAACGAGAAGUCUCGCUUGGAGAAAUUAGCACUGCAAAAGCAGCGCGAGAGCCUCCCCACCAACGUCGAUGAGGAUGAGGAGGAUGAAGAGGACUCGGAGGAUGAGGAGGAUGGUGUCAAAUGGAAUCAACGGCUGCAACUAAAGUACGAUCUGCUAAACACCGACUCGGAAACCAGCCUGGCCAUGUCCACGAACAGCGUUGAUCCACAGAAUAUUCCAAACCGAUCGAACACAUCGAUUCAGACAAGUGCCAGCCAGCAGCAGCAGCAGCAACAGCAGCCAACGAUGCAAGUGCCUCUGGCCUCGCCAGCAAUAUCCAUGCAGCAAAAGUCAACAGUGCAUUAUAUACAGAAUCCGCAGCUGGCUUCAUACCAAAAUCCAAACAACUUGAUACAGGACAUUGCCAAUAGCCAGGUGCAGGUGCAGGUCCUCUCGCCAACAGGCACACAACAGCAGCAGCAACAGCAACCCAAUGUAGCGCCCCAUAUAGUGGUGCCACAGCAGCAACAUCAAAUGGUGCAGCAGUCAAACAUAGCUGAGGCACAGGUCAACCAGCAGCAGCAGCAACAACAGCAAGCAGCAGUAGCACAGCAGCACCAGCAGCUGCUGGCACAGCAAAUACCUCAACAAGUUCAGAUGCAACAGGUGCCGCAGCAGCAAACCAUGCAAUCGGUGAUGCCUCAACAGCAGCAUGAACUUCAGCACCAGCAGCAACAACAACCACUGGUCGGCGAGCAGCAGAAAAGUCACCAAAUUCCUCAGUUGCAGCAACAGCUGCAGCAGCUAAUGCAAACGAAUGUACAGCCCACGGAAAUGACACAGCAGCCACAACAGCAGCAGCAAUAUUUUCAGCAGCCUCAGGCUCAGGUUUCUAUGCAACAAAUUCCACAUACACAACCACAACAACAGCAUCCAUAUGCGAUGCAAGGGCAACAACAACAGCAGCCAAUGUCCCAGCCACAUCCACAAAUUCAAGUUCACCAGCAAACCUUUCAACAGCAGCAGGUGCAAGUGCAGCAGGCGGCACCUUCCACGCAGAACCAUCAGCAGCAGCAGCAGAUUCUGCAGCAACAAAUUGCACAGCUGCAACAACUGCAGCAGAAUCAGCAACUGCAGCAGAACCAACAGCUACAACAGACGCAGCAGCAACUGCAACAAACGCAGCAGCAAUUACAGCAGAACCAGCAGCAGCAGCAACUGCAGCAGAACCAGCAGCAGCUACAGCAGAAUCAACAGCAGCAGCAACAACAACAGCAACAGCAGCAGUUUGUGCAUCAGCAAUAUCAUGCUCAAUCUCUGCCCCAGCAGCAGCAGCAGCAUCAACAACUUCUUGCCGGAGCUCAAGUAAUGGCAACGCAACAGCAGCAACAGGUGCCCAUGCAAAUACAAGUACAAAUGCAGGUACCUCCAACAUCUGUGGCACAAACAAUGCAGCAGCAGCAACCAUACCAACAGAGCCAGCAGAUGGCUGUCCCACCAAAUGGGCAAAUGGCAAUCGUUGAUGCUCAACAACAGCAGCCACAGCAACAACAUGCUGCAUUUGCAGCAGUCUCCGUACAGCAGCAACAAUUUAUGCAGCCGCAACCUAUGCAACUAUCAUUGCCCCUGGAGCAACAACUACAGCAGCUUUUGCUCAGUCAGCAGCAGUCACAGCAGCAGUCACAGCAGCAGCAGCAACAGCAGCAGCAAGCACAGUCGAUGGUUCACCAACAGCAGCAACAACUAACAGAGCAACAUGUCCAGGCACAGGCACAGCCACCGCCGCAGAUGCAGAUGCAUAUUCAGAUUCAGCCGCAAAACCCACAGGUCCAGCCUGUUGGCCAGGAGCAAUCUGCUGUCACUGAGUCAAUUGUAACGCCAGUCAACAGCCUUCAACUAAAUCUUGAAGCUGCGACAAAAGUUGAUCCACAAUUAACCACGGAAGCAGAAAAACAACAAAGGCAGCAGAGCGCAAAUCGCUCGCAAAAACCCAGACGCUCCAAUCGGAGUGGCAACGAACGGAUACCAAAACUAAGUGUCACCAGUGUGGAUGAGGGUAGCGUCAUAAACUGCCACAUGGAGAACAAGCUAAAGACCAUUACAUUCAAAUUCGAUAUUGGAGAUGUUAAUCCCGUUGAAAUUGCCAAUAAAUUGAUCGCCCAAGAUUUGCUUUCGAAUUGUCAAAGCACAGUAUUUGUGGAAAUGAUUAAUGAAAUUGUUGACCAGGUCAAACAGAAUCCCAAUCAAAUUCCAAUACCAACUAACUAUCGCCGCAAUAUUGAAAAGCGGGAUGAAACCGCCAGUGACAUUACGAAGAUGUUUGAACCGACCAUACAUGGCAUUGAAAACUUACCAUCUGGCAGUGGAUCUGGCGGAGGAGGAGCAGCCACAGAAACGACAAACACAACGAAUCAGACUAGCGAGGCUAGAUCGCAUACUUCGAUGCUGGCCAACAUGGAUCAACCGCCGAACAUUGGAACGCCGCCGAAUACAGCUUCAACGAUGUCAUCGUCUUCAACGGCUUCGCGGGAUGCGGGCAAUGGCAGCAACGACGUGACCAUUGGCUCUGGCUCGGUGUCACGUAAGACAAGCACAGCUUCGGAGUACACAUCGCUGUCCAUUGACUAUAUGCCUGAUAAUAACAUAACGCCAACGGGUAACGAUACGCUGGGCGAUGCACUGGCCAAAGACAACUCGCAGAGUGUCCAACAGAUUGCACGCGGUCAUGCCAUAACUCGUAUGCAAAAGCUGUUGGAGUCCGCUGGUGGUACAGCAACGCCACGAAGCCUGAACCUGCCAUUGAAUCGGCACUUGAACAUCCAAGAGGACCUAAAGCACACCAGAAGCCUGGGAGACUUGAGCGGUGUCAAGAUUACGUUUGAUAUGCCCAACAGAGCAACGACAGAGCCAGCUGAGGACAACAGUCACCAAGAGACGGCAGUGGAAACGGAAAAGCCCAAAGAUAAAUCCGCUGGGCAGCAGUCAACAGCGCAAGGCACCGGCGCAGGCGCAGCCAACACAUUGGAGCAACUAAAGAUCGAACUGGAGAACAUUACGCAUGCGCACGCGUUUGCCUCCGCUGUGGUGGCAUCCAUCAGUACACGUACCCCACAUCAGGCAUCGCCGGCAAUUUCAUCGUUAACAGCCACAACUGGGCAGCAAGAGAUAAACAAAUCUAAUAGUGCUGUGGGCGCUAGUGGCUCAUCUGUCUACAAUUCUCGACGAGCUUCUAUGGACAACAGCAUGGGCUCCGAUAUCCAGUUGCAUGGCACUCCCUCCUCCAUUAUUGAAGGACCCGCCACCAGCUCAGAUCCCACACCAACUGAGGCAUCUACGACUGGUAUUAUCGUACCCGGCAGCACGACAGCUGAGAAGCAACUCUCGAAACAGGGCAGUUUGGAUAAGGCGCCGAAUACGUCCAUUACUGUGGCCACCACCAAUGAUGUGCCGCAACGAAAUCCCAGCAACGGAUCGCUGAAUCAAAAUUCUAUUGCAGAUUUAGAAAAGAAAUUGGCAGCGUUGCGGAAUACGGACAAUGCAGAAGAGCAACAGCAGCCGCAAACGAACGCCACAUUGACAGUGGGUCCGAAGCCAUCGGCUGAUGAGACAACGACAACACAUCCAAGCGCUCGUAAAGUGUCGCGAUUUAGUGUCAGUCGAGUGCAGGAGCAGAAAACUGCAGCAGCCGCUGAGGAAAGUUUGCAGAAUCAACUAAAGAUCGAUUUGUCGUCGGCAUUGGGCCCUGGUGGCCAGGGCCAGACGCAGAAUAAUACCACAAAUAGCUCUGUGCAAAAUGGCAGUAUGGUGAAUACGCCCACAGAACUCAUCAACUCUCCCAUACAAAAUGUUCCGCUGGCCAUUAACGGAAUACAGUUGAUUUACCAACAGCAGCAGCCACAGCAGCAGCAGCAGAUGCAAAAUAUGGUUAAUAGCGGCGUAAAUGUAGUGCCACAAGUGAUGACACAAAACGGCACACAAGUGACACUCUCUGGCAUUCAGCAGCAGCCGCAGCAGCAGCAACAGCAACAGCAACUUGUGCAUCCUAAUAUGCCACAACAGACACCGUCCAGUGUCCAUCCUCAGAUGAUGAAUACUCUCCAGCAGCAGUCGGUGGCGCAUCAGCAACCAAUUAUGACCCAGCAGCAACCAAUGAUACUGCAACAGCAGGGCUCACAGCAGUUUACUCUACCAGCAGCGCAACAGAAUCAUGCACCGCAACAGUUUAUGCAGAUGCAGCAGAAUCAACUUCAUUCCCUACAGCCGCAGGUUGUGGGCAUGUCCCAGGGAAUGCAGCAACAGCUUACGGCCAUGCAGUCAAUGCAGUCGGCCCAGCACCAAAUGGUGGCACAACAGCAGCAGCAGCAACAACAACAGCAGCAGCAACUGCAAAUGCAAAUGCAAUCACAGCAACAGCAGCAGCCGCAACAGAACGUUGCAGGCAUGUAUAAUCAACAGAAUGCUAAUUGUGGAACGAACCAACAAGGCUUCCAUGCUGGUGUUCCCAAUCAUCUGCUGCAACAGGCGACUUUGAUGGGAUCCCAGCAGCCCACGCAGCCAUUGCAGCAUGUUAUGCAGCCGCUUUUUAAUGUAUCUCCCGGUGAAGUUGCUGAAGAGCCAGUAUCUCUAGCUGCAACGCAUCCCCAUUUAUUGCCCAGCGAUAUACAAUCUGAUAUAAAACACAAUUUGGACUCGUUGGUCAAUCAAUUGUGCAACACACGCUUGGGCACCAAUCAACAUCAGCGACUGUUGCUGUUGCGCCAGAGACAGCUGAUCGAAGAGGACGAAUUGCGCUUGAAACAUUAUGUGGAAUACGAAAAGUUUCAAAAAUCUCUGCGCCAAUCUUUAAGCACAAACGUUCCAGCGACUACGACAUACUUUUCAGCACCUCCUGCUGCACAGCUUCCAACUAAUCUAAAAGCACCAGCUCCGCCCACAGCAAAUCCGACAUCCACAAGUUCUGCAAACACAUAGCUGCGCUAAAAUGUUGUUUUGCUUCAUUCAUUCGCCUUUGACAAAGCCAUCUCACGACUAACAACAGCCAUUUCUAUGUUCUCGGCAAUAUAAUUGGCACGAGUGUCUGUGUGUGUGUGUGUGUGUGUGAGAUGAGAUGAGAUGAUGGAUCUGGCGGUAGAAAUUAAGUAAAAAGGUAUAUCUUAUGGGAUUGUCUGUAAAUAUUAGUCAAACGCUUUUAGUUCAUAUGCCAUUGUUUCAUAUUCUUCUUUCUUUCCUUCUGUACCACUUUUGAUUUGAUUUAACUUAACCUUGUUCUUGGUUUCCUUUUAUUGUUUAAAUAAAUUAAGAAAAUUGUACAUUUUAUUAGUAAUUCAAAUGUAAAUAAACAUUUCGAUAAUGUAAUAAUACAUAGCAAUGCAUAUAGAAAUAUUAUACAUUUUAGUCGUCAUUUAUU